AGCUGCAGCCUGGAGAGCAGCGGGAGCAGCGGGACCCGGGACGCGGAGCCCAGCGACCCCCCGACGCCCCAGCCCGCCCCCGGCGACCUGGGCACGGCCGGGGGGAUGCUGCUGGACCUGGCCGUCAAGCGCCCCGUGGUCAGGUCGAAAAUCAAGUUCACCACCGGCACCUGUAACGAUGCUACGGUGCAUAGCUGCGAGCUGUGUGGCAAAGGCUUUCGCUUGCAGCGGAUGCUCAACCGUCACAUCAAGUGUCACAGCCAGGUGAAGAGACACUUGUGCACCUUCUGUGGAAAAGGCUUCAACGACACCUUUGAUCUGAAAAGACACGUCCGGACCCAUACCGGAAUUCGUCCUUACAAAUGUGAGGUUUGCAACAAAGCCUUCACCCAGCGCUGUUCCCUGGAGUCCCACCUUAAGAAGAUUCACGGCGUGCAGCAGCAAUACGCCUACAAACAGAGGCGAGAUAAACUUUACGUGUGCGAAGACUGCGGCUACACGGGCCCCACGCAGGAGGACCUGUACCUGCACGUUAGUAAUGUUCACCCCGGAAGCGCUUUCCUGAAAAAAACCUCAAAAAAACUUGCAGCAGUUUUGCAAAACAAACUGAGCCCUGUCCUGCAGAGGAACUCCAAAGAUGAUGACAAAGAUGAGUAACACGGUGGAUUACAGUGGUCUAAAGGAAUGAAGUUUACAUGUAGGACUACAUAUAUAUUAUUUUUUUAAAACCAAUUUUGAAAGAAAUCCCUG